AUGCCUGUUCGCUUCUGCACCUUAUUCGUUUCGCUCGAACGGCAGUGCUCAUUGCCUCUACACUCGCGAAACUUUUCAAUGUUCAUCAUAUUGCCCCCAAUUCCUGUUCUCCUGAUUGGCAACCGUGGGUGGGGGGGACUUGAACUCGGAUGUAUCAGGUUGGUCUGUUCUGCUAGUUACAACGCAUCGAGCGGCGGUUGUGGUCAUCAUCGUGCAUACUGGGCAGCAUCUCCUUUAGUUCCGUAGGGGGUUUUCUCGUCUUGCAAGUUAGCGAUGAGUUUCAUACAAACAAAAAAAAAAAAAAUGGCCUACGGAAAAACUAGAUGGAAGUCGACGAUGAUAACACAAACCGCCCGCAAGAUGCGAGAAACGGGCCAAGUCCACCAAUCCGAUACCUCGGAUUCAAGUGCCCGAGCCAAGCGGUUGCUCCCCCCCAGGAGACGAAUGAGAGAGAGAAGGAGAGAGAGAGAAAAAGAAAAGAUAAAUAAAAUAAAAUAAUAAUAAAAUAGCGUACUAACGACAAGAGGCCCACCCCGCCGCCACUUCCCAACUCGGUCGGGACAAAGACAGGAGAGCGACUGCGCAGCUACCCUGACCCGCGAAGUCCCUUUUUUUAUUUUUUAUUACUGGGGCUCAUAAAUUGCAAUCCUUCGGGUUGGCUGGGACCGCUACAAAAAGAGCUAAAAGAGGUUAUAAAGCAACGACGGCAAGCAAUUGGGUGAAAGUCAAACCCCUGCGCGCAAAGAGCGCUGCGCAGAUCAAAACCCGCCGAGCACCUAACGCGGACUCCAACGGGCGGUGA